AUGACCACCAGUCCCUCUCGCGAGGGCACCACGCCGACCGCCCACCACCACUUCCAGCACCCGACGCAGCACAACUCCCUCCUCCACACGGACCUCCAGCCGCCGCCGUCACCGCGCACGCACCGCGCCCUUCGCCGGCUGCAAUCUGCUCACACGCUCGGCGCCAAAGCCGCGAGCCAAGGGAGCUUGCUCAUCUCGCCGCACUACCGCGACGCGCUGCAUCGCAAUGCCUCCCCAGUGCGGAAUCCUGGCGGCCCUGUCGCGCCGCCGCCGCUGCCGCCGCUGCCGUCGGCGACAACAACAACAACAACAGUGGUCGUGCCGGCGACGACGACAGGCACGACGACGCAGCAGAGGCAGACCCGAGGCCGCGCCAACAGCGAUGCCAUCUCGCCAAUGAUGCACCAGAUGAACGCCGUGGGCGCGGCGCGGCGGACUGGGAGUAGCAAACCCAUCUUUUCGCACGGCCACCUCUCGCUACAGCAGAUCAUCCGCGAGGGCCCCAACGAUGGUGACUUUAUUGGGGCGCUGGAGAGCGCGCGGUGGAAAGUCGUCGACGAAGGCGUCAAGAGUGCCGAAGACGGCAUGUCCACCCUCCGCAUCUACGUCUGGCUCGUCCUUCUCGACGCCCCCAUCACGCCCACCGACGACUACCUCGCUCUCAUCCAUCGUGGUGCGUCGCCCGCCUACGCCAAGAUCCGCAACGACACCUUUCGCACGCUGACGACGGAUCCGCUCUUCCGGCGGCGCGUCAGCGAGGCGAGCCUCAUUCGGCUCCUCAACGCCGUCGCCUGGAAGCUACACGACGCGCGUGCGGAGGAGCGGCAGACGGCGCGUGGAGGAGGAGGAGACGACGCGGCAGUGGCGGUGCCCAGCCGGCCUGGCAGUAGCCACUCGUCGGCGCGGCCGACGCUGGAAUCGCUCACCGGCGGCAGCAUGUCCGGGACGGCGUCGCGGUCCGGCGCGCCGGAACCCGGCACCUACGUGCAGGGCAUGAACGUGCUUGCCGCGCCGUUCUUGUACGCGGCGCGCAGCGAAGGUGAGGCUUUCGCCGCCUUCCACACGCUCUUGACGCGCGAGUGCCCCGCCUACAUUCGCGGCGCCAUGACGGGCGUGCACCGCGGCCUCGCGCUCGUCGACCGCGUGCUCGCCGUCGUCGACCCCCGUCUCAGCAUGUACCUCACCGCCAAGGGGCUGUCGGCCGAGAUUUACGCCUUUCCCUCGGUACUGACGCUCUGCGCCUGCACGCCCCCCCUACCCGAGGUGCUCAAGCUCUGGGAUUUCUUGUUCGCGUACGGGCCGCACCUGAAUAUCCUGUGCAUCGUGGCGCAGCUCACCAUUAUGCGUGCGCAGAUUCUGCAAUCUCCCAGCCCGAACAAGGUCCUGCGGUCGUUUCCGCCACUUAAUGCCGACCUCAUCAAGAGUGUCACCAUUGGCAUCAUCAAGCAGAUUCCCGACGACGUCUACGCCGACAUUGUCGUCCAUGCGCAGUAG